UUAAUUUGAUUUUAAUCAUGAAAUUCGCGGAUAAAAGCACACAUGCAUUCAACCUCUACCACCACAUCACUUGAAAAAGAAAAGAAAAGAAAAUAAUGAGGCAAGUCAAAGAUUUAUUCGCCGGAGUUAUUGACUCCGGUAAGAAAAUAAACUUUUCUAGCAAAAGAUCAAAGCUUUUGUUAAUUGCUUUUGUUUCAGUCCUCCUAUUAGUCUCGGCUAUAGUCGGCAUCGCCGUGGGAGUGAAUAAAUCUGGAGAGUCUUCCAGUACAGCUCACGCCCUGGUGAAGUCUUCAUGCAGCAGCACAUUCUACCCCGAGCUAUGCUAUUCCACCAUAACUAGCCACCCCCAGGUCACCACAAAGGUCAAAACCCAAAAGGACGUCAUCGAGCUUGCUGUUAAAAUAACAGAAAGCGCCGUCCAGAAAAACUACUUCCAGAUAAAGAAGCUCACCACCCGAAAAGGUCUCACUCCACGCGAGAUCGGGGCGCUCCACGAUUGCCUCCAAAUGGUUUCUGAGACGUUGGAGGAACUUGGAGAAGUCACAAAAGACCUCGAGGAGUACCGAACCAAGAAAUCGCUGAGGCAGCACGCCAACGACCUCAAGACCCUCAUGAGCUCCGCCAUCACCGACCAGGAGACUUGUCUUGACGGCUUCUCUCAUGACGAUGCCGAUAAAAAAGUCCGGAAAGAGCUGGAAAAGGGUCAGGUGAAGGUGGAGAAAAUGUGCAGCAAUGCACUCGCCAUGAUUUGUAACAUGACCAACACAGACUUGGCCAACGAGAACAAGUUGAACGGACGGAACUUGAAAGAGGAAGAGGAGUGGCCAGAAUGGCUUUCUGCCGGAGACAGGAAGCUUUUGCAGUCAGGGACAGUUAGGGCAAACGUAGUGGUGGCUGCUGAUGGUAGUGGAAACUACAAGACAGUGGCGGCUGCGGUGGCGGCCGCGCCGUCAAAGAGCAGCUCAAGGUACGUGAUCAGAAUUAAGGCCGGGGUGUACCGGGAAAACGUGGUGGUGCCCAAGGCUAAAACGAACUUAAUGUUUAUGGGAGAUGGAAGGAGAAAUACAAUCAUCACCGGUAGUCGAAGCGUUAAAGGAGGAAGCACCACCUUCGACUCCGCCACCGUUGCUAUUGAAGGUGAUGGGUUCUUGGGACGAGACAUAACAUUUCAAAACACGGCUGGUGCUUCCAAUCACCAAGCCGUGGCACUUCGUGUAGGCUCCGAUCUCUCCGCAUUCUAUCAGUGUGACAUGUUAGCCUACCAAGACACCCUUUAUGUUCACAAAAACCGCCAAUUCUACAUCAACUGCUUGGUUGUUGGUACUGUUGAUUUCAUUUUUGGAAACGCCGCAGCCGUGCUCCAAGAUUGUGACAUCCACGCCCGUCGCCCCAAUUCUGGCCAAAAGAACAUGCUCACCGCACAGGGCCGCACUGAUCCCAACCAGAACACCGGGAUCGUCAUUCAAAAGUGCAGGAUAGGUGCCACCUCUGAUCUCAAACCCGUGCAAGGGAGUUUUCCAACAUAUUUAGGACGACCAUGGAAGCAGUAUUCAAGGACGGUGGUGAUGCAGUCUAGUAUAACCAAUGUGAUCCACCCAGCCGGAUGGUUCGAAUGGGAUGGAAACUUUGCGCUGGACACGUUAUACUAUGGUGAGUACCAGAACACUGGGGCCGGGGCCGCCACUUCGAGUAGAGUAAAAUGGAAAGGGUUCAAGGUCAUUACCAGUUCUUCAGAGGCUCAAGGGUUUACACCCGGGAGCUUCAUUGGUGGGGGUAGUUGGUUAAGAAACACUGGUUUUCCAUUUUCUCUUGGUUUGUAAUUGAGCCUUAAAUUAAUGUUGUACGAGUGUGUACGUACUCGAUUAAUAAACGAUGAUAUAUUGGAGCAUCUAGCUUGUGCAAAUGGUGUUUCUUAAUCCAAAUAAUUUCAUCAUAUGUUA